UAUACCGCUGCUGCGUCUGCGCCGAACGCGUAAAUAAAAUAAAAACUAACGUUAUCGCUCGCUGUGCGUGGUUUUAGACUUAAAUUGAGUUCGUAAAAUGUCGCGCAGUGCCUAUAUCGCGUGUCUGCUUGUGUUGGCCUCCACUUGCCUGAUUGCCACCGUAAAUGCAUCGCGCAACAGCUAUUACAGAGGCUACAAGGUAGCAGAGGCGCCCCCCACCACGCCGCCACCGCAAACGCCCAAGGAGUAUCUGGACAGCAGGGCGGGCCUCAGCACCUUCGGCAUCAUUCUUAUCAUAUUCACGGUAAUCGUGCUCUGCCUGAUCUUCUACUACGGCAUCAUAUGCUAUCCGCUGCUGUGCAGAGAUGAGAAAAAGUAUCGCUUUAUGGAUGUAUCCUCCACAAUCACCGCGGCCACAUCGCGCUCGAUACAGUCGAUAGAGAACUAUCCCGAGCAGAAGCACCACCAUCAACUUGCCUGAUUCCCCGAAAUUAUUAAUGGAUUAGCCCCUAGGACAGUGCCGUAGAAUAGUUUUCCGAAUCGAUUCGGACGCAAAAGACUUUUCCACGCCAGCAAGAAACAAAAUUCAAUAAUUAUGCUUACAAAUAUUUAGUAUUAACAUAGCAAUAACCAGUUGAGCCCGAAGAAAGAAUGGGAAUUAAUCAUUCAUAAUUGGGUUUUCUACGGAUCCCACAUGCACAUCCCUCCUCAAGGUGUCUGCUUCUCUCUGUCUUUGUCUUUGUCUCUCUGUUUAUCUGUUGAUUCGUUCAUGCGUGUGCAUUUACUGCAGGCUCAGGCUGUCGACAGCGCAACAAGUUUGCCUGGCCUGCAGAGAGACCCUUUUGGGCCACCCCACCUCCUUCUCAUUUUCCCUUUCUCGGGCUCGUCUGGGCCCCGUUCUUUGGCCGUUUUCAUGCUGAGGCCAACAGUUUUUAUUUCUUUUUAUGCAGGUAGUCUCCCAGCACCGCCGACCCGUCCAAAACGUUUACACUCUGCGCUGGCAGAGUCUGUCUGCCCGUCCCAAGACAAAGCCAAAGUGUGGCAAUUGAGUCACGUUGCGCGGCAUUGCUUCCAAUGAAAUAACUUAAAAUUUGGCAAGCCAGUCUCUGUUCUGUCUGUUUUUUCUGUGUGAACGAACUUCUCUCGCCCUAAUUUACAUAACGAAUCGCAUAUAUUAUCUCAUAUCUCUGCUAAGAAACGAAACGAAACGAAAACCCCCUGCUAGAAUUGAACUCUUUGUGAUGCUCGAAUUUUUCCCAUUCAUUGAAGCAUUUGCCAACAGGUUGUACUUAAAUCGAAACCAAGUACUUAAUAGCGUAUAUGUCAUGCCAAUCAUAGUUUAAGCGCCAAUCAAUAUGCCACCAAGAUACGAGUAUCUUCUACCAUUUGUACUGCAUUUAGUACUGCAUCUAAACUAGAAAUUGUGUCAAAUUAUGUACGUUUUUAGACGUCAUUUAGUGUGUAAGCACAAACCAUUUUAAAGAUACCUACAAUAUACGAAUAUUUUUGGA